CCGCUUUUGCAUUUGUAUCCUUCUGCCUCCCCUCUACUACCCCUUCUGAAUACCGACUCCCCUUUUGACACCCUUUUGACACCUUCUCUCACAACCCUCGCGCGCACGCUUCCUCCGUGGAUCAAACCGCCGCGCCAACCUUCUCUCUCCCUCUCCCUCCCUCCAUCUUCCCAUCUCUCCAUCUCUCCAUCGCUCUCUAUCUUCUUCCCUCUCCCUUUUCUAUCGCCUCUGGCAUGAUUGCGGCGCCUGACCUUGACUACUGGUGACACAUGUAACGAUGGCGUCUCCCGACCUGACAUCCCACCAUGUCAACUAUCUAAUAUGGAGGUACCUUCAAGAAUCAGGACAUGGUGAGGCUGCAGUCUUGCUGCAGCGCGCAUGGUAUCACGAUCCCCAGAGCUUGCCCUUUGCGCCCUACAUUAAGACGCACGCCCUGGUCUCCCUUGUCCAGAAGGGCCUACAAUACCACGAGCUCGAGCACUCUCUUGACAAGGAUGGUAACCCGACUCUCUUUUCCCCCUCUGACUAUUUCUUCGGCCCUGCACAGCUGCAGCCUGAAGUGCUGAAAAGUCACGGCGGCGGCGCUGGCCAGCCGGCGCUCUCGCCUCAGGCCGCCACAAAAUCUACCCGGGACGGCGGCGUGAUCAACGGCCAUUCGACUUCCGAGGCGGGUCCCCUGCUUCCGACCGCGAAGAAACCCCGUAAGGUCCAGGGCGAUGACGGCGCGAGCAUGGAUGUCGAUUCCAACGGCGUUACUCACCAAGUCGCAGCUGCCGCCGAGGGUUUACCACCGGCCACCGCGACCACCACGACCACCGCAUCCCCUCCACCCGCAGCGGUGCUGGUGGACGGCGACGGGGAUGUGAGCAUGGACGCCGCCCAGGAUCAGGAACCACUGCAAGCGCAAGCGCAACCGCCGCCGGCGCCGGCGGUCACGCUGGUCACGGGCCAGAGCGUCGGUGUCCAGGCCACCCCCGCCAAGGCUGCUGACCUCAGCCCCGACACCGCCAUAUUCGAUGUGGCGCCUCAAACAGCGCACGUGACCCGCACCCUGUGGCGCCCGCGCGAUGCCACCGCGGUCGUGGCCGCCGGCGAGGCCUUCUGCGACCUGUGGCACCUCCCCUCCUCCUCUGCCCCGUCGCGAGAGACCUUGGGGGACCCGUCCAAGGAUGUCUCCGCGGUCGCCUGGCACCCCUCGGGCCACAAGCUGGCUGUCGCGACCUACCAAGACAUGCGCGGCUCCAUCACCAUGUACGACGUCCAGGGCGCCGCGGUGGACCUGCUGCCCGAAGUGCCCCGUAUGAUCACCGGCCUCCACUGGGAUGACCAUGGUGCCAAUCUCGUCGUCGUCGCCUCGGACGGCCGCAUCUCGGAACUGGCCUUGUGGGAUGAUUCCUUGCGGCCCGACGAGUUCCCUCCGCCGCAGACCAUCGACGGCUCCAUCUAUGACUUCACCUGGUCCGAUCACCCCAACCAGGCGUUUGCCUGCGGUGACGGCGUGGUCUACCAGUUCGAUGUCGACUCCCGCGUCCAUACCGCUCGGACCUUUACCUCAUCCGAUCGUCCUGAGACCUCCUGGACAUUCAUCCGCUGUGCCAAGCGAGGAGGAGGAGGAGGAGGAGGAGGAGGAGGGCCCUCCACACCCUCUUCGCACGCCGUGGUGGCCACCGCAGCGUCGGCCACAGCCGACAUCUGGAUCCCGACCCAUGACAUGCGCAUGCCGGACGCUCAUCAAGGCGAAAUCACGGCCAUUGAAUUCCAGCCCCAGACGACGCACGUGGUCUCCGUGUCCUCGUAUCUCCUGGCCUCCGCGUCGACUGACGAUUCGGUCAAGAUCUGGAUCGUCGACCUUGACGCCAAGCGCUUUGAGUGUAUCCACCGUUUGUUCCUCGGCCCCUCGUUGCCCGCUCUGGCACUCGGCUUCUCGCCCGAUGGAUAUGCACUCGCUUCGGCCAGUACCGAUCGUCUUUUCAUCUGGAACGUUGAGCGAGGGGGCACCCCGAUGGCCACCUGGACGAUUCCCAACAUCAAAAAGGACGACAAGGGGCCCGACCGUGCGGUGAACGGCCAUAACGGCACCGCAGAUCUGAUGCCAGAUCGUUCUCUGUCAUGGGAUUCGGACGGCAAAAAGCUGGCUUUUGGAUUUAAUAACCAGAUGGCGGUCAUCAAUUUACAACGCUGAGUGUAGAUGCGCGCGGCCUUGAGAGAGUGGAAACCCCAUUUCGACAGCCUCACAGUUCCUGUCGAUCUUUUUGUUUUGAGUAUACUGACGAUACCACUGCGAAAGACCUACUUUCCUCCCUGCGGGUAAUGGAGGCAUGAUUUUACGUUUGCAUAAAAGAAAGCGAUCGAAGUUGCAAUAUGGUGUGUCGGCCGGCACUCGAGCACA